ACUAUAUAUCAGACAUAGCCAGCAACAUGAUGCUAGUGGAGGAGCACAUCCUGUGGAUGGCCCAGAAUGAGGCCAGGGCGUGCACUCGCAUCGUCCAGUGUGUGGAGCGCAUCGCUGACCUGGCACUGACUGGAGACAAUCAGGCCAUUUCUAAGGUGUCUGCUAACAUAGCCCUGGAGGCCUUUUUGAUCCGGCCAUCUAACUUCCUCGGCCUGUCCUGCACGGCACUCCAACGGCCCCCCUCAUCUGCCCCCUCCCCCGUCCCUGACAGCCACUACCACACUGACAAGGGCGCUAGCAGAGAACGUGAUGCCGUGGGGGAAUCUUGGCUCAACUUCAAAUGCCACACUGUCAACAACAGCGGCUCACCGGCCAGUCAGCUCAGCAAGAACUCAGUGGCAGUCGCCUCAAUCCAUUUACCGCUGGCUGGUACGCCUAUCUCCUCCUCUGCGCUGCAAUCUGUUGAUAACUCCACUUGCAAGCUGCAGUUCAUUGUGUUUCGCAAUGGGAAACUCUUUCCUUGCACAGGGAAUUCGUCAAAUCUCGCAGACGAUGGGAAGCGUAGGAGCGUUUCAACACCAGUUGCUUUCACCAAAUUAGAUGGGUGCAGCCUCGGGAGCGCCGUGCACUCCGUUACUAUCGCUCUCAGGCACUUCGCACUGGGUGUAGACCCCACCGCAGCCUAUUGGGAUUUUGACCUGCUGGAUGGACACGGUGGCUGGAGGGCAGAGGGCUGCCACAUAACAGGCUCCGGGGGCAACACGACCACCAUUCAUUGCACCCAUCAUAAUAACUUUGCUGUGCUAAUGGAUCUGAAGAAGGUGCUGUCUUUCCCCCCAUACCCUGGGGAGUUUUUGCACCCGGUCGUGUAUGCCUGCACGGCGGUCAUGUUGCUCUGCCUCUUCGCCUCCAUCAUCACGUACAUAGUGCACCACAGCGCAAUCCGCAUCAGUCGGAAGGGAUGGCAUAUGCUUCUCAACUUCUGUUUCCACACGGCUCUGACCUUCGCUGUGUUUGCCGGCGGCAUCAAUCGAAUCAAAUACCCCAUCAUCUGUCAAACAGUCGGGGUCGUGCUGCACUACUCGUCUCUGUCGACCAUGCUGUGGCUCGGGGUGACAGCCAGGAACAUUUAUAAGCAGGUGACCAAGAAGCCUCCGCAGAGCCAGGAUGGUGACCCGCCUCCGCCCCCUAAACAGCCCCUGUUGAGAUUUUAUUUAGUCAGUGGUGGAGUGCCCCUCAUCAUCUGCGGGGUCACGGCAGCCGUCAAUAUUGACAACUAUGGCAGCGGGGAGCAAGCACCAUACUGCUGGAUGGCCUGGGAGCCCAGCCUGGGAGCCUUCUUUGGCCCCGUGGCCUUCAUCGUCCUGGUGACAUGCAUCUACUUCCUCUGUACCUUCAUCCAGCUGCGGCGACACCCUGAAAAGAAGUAUGAGCUCAAGCAGCUGACGGAGGAGCAGCAGAGGCUGGCCGCCGUCGACGUGCCCACCCACUGUCAUCAGGGAGCCGAGCCUGGAGCCCUGGCAGCUCCACCCAGCGGGAGCCACUGCCCCGCCGGCUGCCCAGGCGUUCCCAUCAACCCUGCGCUGCUGGCUAACGAGCACUCCUUCAAGGCUCAGUUACGAACGGCGGCCUUCACCCUUUUCCUCUUCCUGGCCACCUGGACCUUCGGCGCACUGGCCGUGUCGCAGGGCCACUUCCUGGAUAUGAUCUUCAGCUGCCUCUACGGUGCCUUCUCCGUCACCCUCGGCCUCUUCAUCCUCAUCCAUCACUGUGCCAAGCGUGACGAUGUCUGGCAUUGCUGGUGCUCCUGUUGUCCCGGACGACGAGCCAACGCCUGCUCUGGCGCCCACGGGCCUGCUCAAGCGCGGCCCAAGGUCAACGUGAAUGGAGAUACCCCCGGACAUGGUCAUGGUCACAGCCACUGCCACCAUGACUCACCGUGUCAAGGUAAAGCACCAAUGAGCUGCAGUCAUGGCAGUUUAGGUCACUGUAAACACGCCGCCCUUCCGUCCUCGCAAAAUCACGUGACGUGCCUGGCACCGGUGACACCAUGCUGCGCCGCCCUGCAUAGUCAGCAGCUUAUGGAGGAGGAGCCUGCGGCAACGCACGUACUGCUACACGCUGACCCCGAGGGUUACAGACCGGGCAUCCAGUUACACCCCUGCCUAAAGAGCAGCACCAGGACUAAAGGCCGUCACCUCAGCCGCCGGUCCGGCGCCGGCGCUUGCGGAGCAGGGAGUGAGAGGGAGUACGCCUAUCACAUCCCCUCCAGCGUGGACGGAGGCAGCGUGCACAGCUCACACACUGACAGCCCCCACAGCACACAUGAGCGUCAUGCCCACAUCUGUCCACAUCUGGCCCACGAAGGCCACCAUGAUGGGCAUCACACAUGCCACGCUGCUGCAGCCACCACGCAUGAGGCCCUGGCGUGCCAUAACCCCUGCCACAGGCACAUCUGCUGUGCCAAGGCAGACCUCCUCCCCUCUCUGUGCCCGGCGGAGGCAGGCGACACGGGCAUCUUCCUGUGUGGCUGCGGCAAAGUGGCCGAGGAGGACCCGAUGGCGACACAUCACCAUCUGGAGAUGCACGCCCCGCGCAGACAAUCCUACCCCCAGAACCCGCCCAAUCAGAAUGGGAUUCUAAAAGGGGGUCUGCACGAAGGACUCCUGUACACCUCGGACAGCACAGGGAAUAUACGCACUGGACCCUGGAAGAAUGAAACUACUGUGUAGUGUGGGAAAGAAAAACAGGGGAGAUCGGCAGCACCCCUGCCUCGUCCCGCCAAAAAUAAACCCUUGCCUCCCUUUCUAGAAUAAAAAAAAAAAAAAUGAAU